AUGUACGACCUCUCCCUAGAUACGGGGUCGGGUCCGGCUGUUGUACGAGUCGGCCUGCCUCCAGCGUCGCUGCUCAAAUUCCCUCCCGACGAGCUCCCAGGCACCGUUCCUGCGCCGCAGCUCGAUGAACCGACAUGGUACCAACCCUUCAACAUCCCUGCCGGUCUAUAUAGCCAGCUCCUUGACGUUCGCGUUCCGAUCACCAUCGCCAGCGUCUACGCUGUUACCGUCGUCAUUAUCAACCGCAUCAACAAGAGCCGCGGAUACAAGCCCUACGCGUUCAGCCAAAGCAGGUCUUUCAAGACCUUCGUCAUCCUGCACAAUGUUUUCCUCGCCGUUUAUUCCAUGUGGACAUUUGCUGGGAUGUUCCGCGCAUUCCGCAACACCUGGCCCUCUUUUGAGGAGAAUGGGGUCGUGGGGGUCGUGGAUGCGCUGUGCAAGUGCAACGGACCCCGUGGAUACGGAAAUGCAGCCACCUAUGACACCACGGUAAAUAAGUGGUCGAUUCAGAACCCCGAAUACAAAUUGGCCGAGGGUGGUGUCCCGGAUCCGACGGACGUGGGCCGUUUGUGGAACCAGGGUCUGGCGUUCCUGGGCUGGAUCUUCUACCUAUCAAAGUUCUACGAGGUGCUUGAUACAGCGAUCAUCCUUGCCAAGGGCAAGAAGAGCUCGACUCUGCAGACCUACCACCACGCCGGUGCCAUGAUGUGUAUGUGGGCUGGCAUUCGUUACAUUGCGCCUCCGAUCUGGAUCUUCACCCUGGUCAACUCGGCUAUCCAUGCGAUGAUGUACACUUACUACACCUUGACUGCCCUCGGCAUUCGCGUUCCCACCAUCGUCAAGCGCUCCCUGACUACCAUGCAAAUCACCCAGUUCGUUAUCGGAUCGACCAUGGCAGCAUCUUACCUGUUCAUCCACUAUACGCUUCCCCCGGUCCGCUCUUCCCCCUCAGCCUCUGCUGUUGCAGGUGCCGCAGCCGCAACUGGACUGGCCUGGAUUAAGCAAGUUGCUUUCCGCGCCGCCGGUGCUGAAGGUAUCGCCGAAAACGUGGGACAGUCCGGCGACAACCUUGGAGCUCCUCGGGAGGCCGUGCAGCCCGGACGCAUGAUUACGUGUAUGGACACCACCGGACAGGGAUUUGCGAUUUGGCUCAACGUCGCUUAUCUUUUGCCUCUGACCUACCUCUUCGCUCGCUUCUUCGUCCGCUCCUACCUGUACCGCAAGGAACCCUAUGUGCAGACCACGCACAUCCACGCAGCCGAGAAAGCUGGCCUGGACGCUCUGAAGGGCGUGUCCCGCGAAAUCCAAAAGGCCGCAGAGAUGAGCGGCGAGACCAGCGAGACGACCGAGGACGAGGCCAUUGCCAAGUCGCGCGCAAACCGCCUACAAGAUACUGCCGAGGAUUCUCCCAUCCGGACCCGUUCAGGUGCAGCCAAGAAGGCCCGUGGAACUGGGGGCCAACAAUCCGAGCAGGGCUUUUCCCCUGUUCCUGCCAGUAAAAAGGCAAAGAAGGCUACUAAGGAAGAGGGGCAAUCUUCCGGCACUGCCGCCGAGGUCAAGACUUCUAAUCCUUUUGGAGUUCUGGGUGGCUCGGCCUAG